AUGUCUUCCACCCUUUGCAAAGGCUCCGUGGACCCAGGUCCCGAUUUUUCGGCCUUCCAGCGCCUUGUCAAGUCACUAUUCCCUGGAGCACAAAUUGAAAGCAUAAGAAUGACAGAAGGCUCUACAUAUCCCAUCCAUUUUCUUCAAAUAUCAAACGGCCUUGAACUUGUCCUGAAGACCCGCCCCUUGUCAUCUCCAUCAGUCCUCCGCCACGAACGAUUCCUCCUCGAAACCGAAGCAGAGGUUCUCUCUCUAUUGUGGCAGAGCAGGGUGGAGGGUAUUCCGCAGCCCCUGAAAACCGAUCUUUCCGGUUUCCCUCCGCGAACAGGAUACCUUCUAAGACGCUCAGUUAAAGGAAAGCCGCUAUCUAAGAUUGACUCUCCUUUGACAUCGGAUGAGCGAAAGUGCCUCGAUCGGCAACUAGGAGCUGUUGUUAAAUCCAUUGGACGGCAUACUUCUUCUCAAUUUGGACUCGUGCACAGCGUCGCCUUAGGAAUUGGGACCCGGACCUGGAGACAAGCGUUUUUAUCUUUACUCGACUCUCUCAUGUGGGAUGCGGAGAAUGUGUUUAUAUCUCUACCUUACCCUGAAAUCCGGCAGCAUGCAGGUCGACUGUCCAAAGCCCUUGACGAUGUCAUGGUGCCACAAUUAGUGGUGUUGGAUAUCGGAAAGCCGUCCCAUAUCAUUCUCGACCCGGAAACAAAGCAGCUGGCCGGUGUUGUGGACUUUGACAGCGCACUGUGGGGCGACCCAUUGAUGGCCGACGUAUUUGACUCUCCUUCUCCGGAAUUCCUUGACGGCUUUGGAUCCGAUUUGAUAGAGACGAAGUCUGCUCCAAUUCGAUUAUUACUAUACUCCUGUUAUCGCAAUAUCCUUAAAGUCGCGAGACAAUACUAUCGAAACCGUGAAGAAGAUGAAGAGCUGGCGGCUCGGCGGGUAUUGACAGCCCAUCUUGCAACUUUAUCAACUCUGGAGUACCCCUGACUCUGUCCUGGUACCCGCUUUCUUUUUUUUUUUUUUUUUCUUUUUUCUUUUUUCUUGUUUCGGGCGGUUUGGACCUCUACUCAAGUUUUAAUUAAGGGCGGUUAUUUGGUGACCUUGACAUAAAGC